UUUUCUCUCGUUUCACUACACGACAAUCUACAAUCAAGCAUCAUGAGCGGACGCGGCAAAGGAGGAAAAGCAAAGAGCGGCAAAUCGAAGACCCGGUCGUCCCGUGCCGGACUCCAGUUCCCGGUCGGUCGUAUCCAUCGUCUGUUGAGGAAGGGCAACUACGCCGAGCGCGUCGGUGCCGGCGCUCCCGUGUACCUGGCCGCCGUCAUGGAGUACUUGGCCGCUGAAGUGUUGGAAUUGGCCGGUAACGCCGCCCGUGACAACAAGAAGACCCGUAUCAUCCCUAGACAUUUACAGUUGGCCAUCAGGAACGACGAGGAGUUGAACAAACUGUUGUCCGGCGUCACCAUUGCCCAAGGUGGUGUGCUGCCCAACAUCCAAGCCGUCCUUUUGCCCAAGAAGACCGAAAAGAAAGCUUAAGAACGCGUCGUCGCCGUAUUUAUACAUAUUAAAACGGCCCUUUUCAGGGCCACCAAUAUUAACUAUUUUUACAACACUCUUGUUGUUUUCGGCAUAGAUGAUGUGUGGCGUUGUGCUAAAUAUCGUUGUAUUAUUUUGUCAAGCCUUAGCAAAUAUUUGUAGCUUAGAAUUUCAGCAAAUCUACUUUAAUUUUUUCUUUAGGUCAAUAACAAUUUAUAAAAUAUGACUAUAACUCGAACUGGAAAUAAUA